UGUCUACUACCACUAUUGACUACUUCUGCAUGGCACACCGAGUCGGAGGAUCCCUCCUCGACAGAAGUAUGCUGGACUCGAGUGCUGCAAAUAAACUGAGGUCAGACUGGCAACGUGAAGAGCUGUGAUUCUUUUAAAAAUGGACUGAAACAGGUACAACUGUUACUGGACAGAAACAGUGAACCUCCACCGCCCUGCCAUGGAGGGGUCAACUGCAAAAAAAAAACCGGGAUAUGGGCGUCACAAAAAAGAGAACUAUGCAGGCCACGCGGCGCUGUCCCGUCAGUCCACAGCAGACGGCAUUGGUGAUGAAACCGUGCAGCCCAGGAAACUGAACGGCUCCUCAGUGGACCCACCGAGCUACCAGAACCUGCACCGCGAGCUGCUGCUCAGCCAUAAAAGGGGGCUGCUGCUGGAGGAGAAACCCGAGCUGACGCGAGUGUUGGAGCAGCGGAGGCUGGAGCUGCACAAGGAGGAGGAGAUGGCUCGACAACGGCCCUCAGAUCUGGAGACGGAGCUCCGCAAGAGGCAGCAGAAGAUGCAAGAGUACGAGCAGGAGGAGAUCAGGCAGCGGGAGAACCAGCAGAAGAUCCCAGAGUUUGUCCGCGUAAAGGACAACCUGAGGCGCACGCAGACAUUUGAGCAGUGAGGCCACGCAGACAUUUGAGCAGUGAGGCCCCGAGGCUCCCAUCAGCCACUGCAGCAUCUCACCAUGGUGGCCCUGAAUCUUUGUGCAGUGUGAACUGUUUUGUUGAGUUUCACAUAUAUAUAAAAACAUCACAGAGGCACCUUAUCUUCAUAUCUCUUGAUGGAUUUUAAAUUGGAUUUGGUUAUACCAGAAUUUGUGGAAGGAUUCAUAUAAACCAGGAAAUGCAUAACUGGGGCACAUCAGUCAAGUCUAGUUCUUACUUUAAAAGACCAGACGUUAUGGGAUUGCUUACAGACACAUUUCACCAACAGAACUGUUUUGUAUCAGUAGAAACCCGCGCAGUGUUACAGAUUUGCAUGUUUGUUUAUCUGUUCCUGUCACGACUUUUUAUUUUUAGUGUGUCCAUGUGCUGUGGAAAUAAAGGCUUUAUGGUUUGCA